AUGCCAAAUGAACUUAUCACUGUACAGUUCGGACAAUGUGGCAAUCAAAUAGGUGAUGCUUUUUGGCGUUCGCUAUGUGCCGAACAUGGCAUCGCACCUAAUGGUACUCUUAUUAAACCUGAGCUAGAUGCUCAAGAUCUCAAAAGAGUGUUUUUUUAUCAGGCUGAUGAUGCUCAUUAUGUGCCUCGUGCAGUUUUGGUUGAUUUGGAACCGCGUGUGAUAAAUAGCAUUAUCAACUCGGAAUAUCGUUCCUUUUAUAAUGCAGAAAACAUUUUCCAAUCGAAAAGUGGUGGCGGUGCUGGCAAUAAUUGGGCUUCAGGUUAUAUUCAGGGAAGAGAAGCACAAGAAGCGUUGUUUGAUAUGUUAGAGCGUGAAGCAGAAAAUAGUGAUUAUUUGGAAGGAUUCAUGUUAUGUCAUUCCAUUGCUGGUGGAACUGGUUCGGGGAUGGGAUCUUUUACGCUUGAAAAAAUCAGUGAUAGAUUUCCUAAGAAGCUGGUACAGACUUAUUCUGUUUUUCCUGUGAUACGGAAAGGCGAAGCGAGUGAUGUGGUUGUUCAGCCUUACAAUUCUAUUUUAACAUUGGCAAGAUUAAUUGAUCAUCCUAAUUGUGUUGUUGUACUCGACAAUACUGCUUUACACCGUAUUGCCACUGAGAAUGCUCCAAAUAGUAUUUCAGCGUCAUCGUUCGCUUUGAUUAAUUCACUUGUAUCUCGAAUUAUGUGUGCUUCAACAGCUACCAUACGGUUUCCUGGUGCUAUGAAUACUCGUUUAAUCAAUCUUAUAGCGCCAUUAGUUGCUUAUCCGCCGAUGAGAUUCAUUCAAACAGGGUUUACUCCACUGCGUGAUGGUGAAGCGUGUGUUACAAAAACAUCCGUAGGGGAUGUUUUACGACGCCUCCUUCAACCGAAAAGUAUGAUGAGUAGUGCCACUAUGGAAGAUGAUGUAGAACACUGUGUGCUUUCAGCCAUUGCUAUUCUCCAGGGACGAAUUGAUCCAAGCGAGAUAUAUGUGUCACUUGGAAAAAUAAAGGAGAAGAACCAAAUAAAAUUUGCUCCAUGGGGCUCUGGUUCUUUAAAUAUAACACAGUGCAGGCUGUCACCAUAUCUUCCAUUGACAAAUCGUGUUUCUGGCCUUAUGCUUUGCAACCAUACAAAUACUGCAAGCUUAUUUCAAGAAAGUUUAACGCACUGUGAAACUCUUUUCAAAAAAAAAGCCUAUUUGGAGCAAUUUUUGAAAGAGGACCCGGAUAUCUUACAAACGUUAGGCGAUUCUGUUGAAUGUGUGCGAGAGAUGAUUGAUACCUAUCGGUCGGCAACUAAAGCAAAUUUCAUCGAUUUUGAAUAA